UUAAAUUUAUGACCUCUAACCUCUUUCAAUUCAAUAUUUUUGAUAGUUUAUUUUGUUUUUGUUUACAUUUCAGCUGCCAUGAGCGAUGAAAAUUAUGUAAAUUCUUUCAGAACAGCUGAUAAUUAUGCGAAAUAUUUGGAUCAUGAUUUGGAUAAAAAACUAAUACCCCUAAACCUACUAAUAAAUGGUAUGAAGGCACGUUUAGAUCAAUGCCAAACAGUAGUAAGUAUAAGCCAUGAUAAUGUAGAAGAAUCCACAAAGGCUUUGAGUUCUCUAAGCUAUUGUAAAGAUCAGUUAGAUGAUCUUUGUUCAAAAAUUGACACUGUUGAGAAAGUAGUGGAUCAUAUUAAAAGUAAUUUGGCCAAUUUGGAGGAUGAAAUUGAGAAAGCUGAACAAAAACUGGGAUUGAACAAUGAUAAUCUAGUGGUCAAUAUUCUAAACCCUUUACUUUUUAGAAAAGGUGGGGAAAAGAGAAAUAUUAUAGUUGAUGUACCACAGUUUGAUCCAAGUGAAUAUUUCAUUCCUGAAAAAUCUGAAAAUGAGGAACUUUGAUAGAAUGUAUUCUUAUUUUUAUGAUUUAAGUUAAUUUAUUACAAUGCGAAUUUGUUACUGAUAAAAAAGGAAGAAACAUUUGUUUAUUGAAACAACAUAAACUGCUUUUGCCUCAAGUCCUUUGCAUGUUGUUGUAAACUAAAAAAACCUGCAAGAAAAUUCUUUAAUGUAGGUAUUUUGAAAAUAAUCAUUAUAUUGAGUUAUUCA